GGCUGCAAGCUCCUUUCUGGGCCAUCUAGGACAGACCCAAAACUAGGCCCAGGAAUAAACCGAGCCCAUCCCGGUGCACUAUAAAAAAAGUUGGAUUCUUCGCGUCCCCCGACACCUUCCCCGCACACCGGUUGCGAUCCGCCGCCAUCGCUUCAAGCAGCGAACCCUAGCCGCCCUCAGCGACGGAUUGCAGAUCUCCCAGCCAUGACGUUCAAGCGGAGGAACGGCGGACGCAACAAGCACGGGCGCGGCCACGUCAAGUACAUACGCUGCUCCAACUGCGCCAAGUGCUGUCCAAAGGAUAAGGCUAUCAAGCGGUUCUUGGUGAGGAACAUUGUUGAGCAGGCUGCUGUGAGGGACGUGCAGGAGGCUUGUGUGCAUGAUGGAUAUGUUCUUCCCAAAUUGUACGCAAAGGUUCAUCACUGUGUCUCAUGCGCAAUCCAUGCGCACAUUGUCCGUGUCCGCUCUCGUGAGAACAGGAGGAACCGUGAGCCCCCGCAGCGUUUCAGGCGCCGGGAUGAUGGCCCAAGGCCAGGUCAGGGCCCACCGCGCCCAGGUGCUGCUGCCACAGCAGCUCCCCCUGCUGCCGCUCCUCGUACCUAAGUUCAGGAAUGCGUUUCAGGGCUUAGUUCUCUCACCUAUGGGAUAAUGGACUUUUCCUGUUUUGAAAACCAAUGUACUGUACCCCCUUGAUGUCAAAAUUUUAGCACAAUUUGUGGUUCGUUCUUCUGUCAUCCAGUCAGUGCUGUCGUUGAUUAUA